AUGGUUAUUAAGUUGGUGGUUGGACAGUGCACCCUAAAUGUCGUUAGCGCCUAUGCGCCAUAUGCGGGCCUAGAUGAGGAGGUUAAACGUUGUUUUUGGGAGGGGCUAGACGAGAUUAUACAUCACGUACCGCCUGUUGAGAAGUUAGUCAUAGGAGGGGACUUCAAUGUUCAUAUUGGGUCGACCACAGGUAGGUAUGACGAAGUACAUGGAGGAUUCAGUUUUGGGGAGAGGAACGGAGGAGGAACCUUGUUACUGUACUUCGCUAAGGCUUUUGGGUUGGUAAUUGCAAACUCUAGCUUUCCGAAGAGGGAGAAGCAUUUGGUUAAUUUUCAAAAUGCGGUGGCGAAGACUCAGAUUGACUAUCUCCUCCGCAGGAGGCGUGGCAGAGGGUUGUGCAAGGAUUGCAAGGUAAUUCCAGGUAAAGUGGAAGCGAAGAAGGAGGCGUACCGGACGUUAGUUGGGAACAUAGGUGAGGAAGAGAGGCGUGCGUGCAUGGAGAGGUAUAAGGUAGCUAGGAAGGAAGCGAAGCUGGCGGUCAUGGAGGCUAAGACUGCGGCUUAUGGUCGUAUUUACGAGGAACUAGGGAAAAAAGGCGGGGAGAAGAAGUUAUUUAGGCUUGCCAAGCUGAGGGAGAGGAAAUCUCGAGAUUUAGACCAA